GUUUGGAAAAUAAUCUUGGGAAUAUUUUGAGUUUUAGUCGUAUGAAAAUUAUUUAAUUUUGACAGAAACAAAAUAAUUCAAUUCAUAAUCAAAAAAGCAAUUGAGUGCGAUUUUUUUUACUCAAAAUUUUUGUCCCAUUUUUAUUUUCAUUAUUUUUUUAUUAUCUGCAACAACGGGAAGUUAUCGAAUGCCGGAAAACGAUCGAUAUAAUUUUAUUCAAUUGAACUGCGGGACGUCAACACCACGACUCCAUUGGUCACAAGGGCGAGGGGGGAGAUGAUUGGGGAAAUUUAAUAUUUCAUGAUUUUUUCCCCUAAAUUCAAUUGAAUGUGGCUCUUGCGAAAAUUAUUAAUAAAUCGUCCGUGAAAUUCCCAUUUUUGUCUAUCAGCGGAUGUAGGAAGCGUCGACUUAUUCUGCUCUCGUUCCGUCUCACCACUUUUAUGUUGAAAUCAAUCUCAUUUCACGUCACACGUACCACUGUUCCGGUCUCCCGGCUCCGUGCCGACGUUACUUCGAAUUUUCGCGGGAAUUCCGGACGUGAACAGCGUCUCUGGACAUCCGGAAGUUUGGAAUUCACGAAAGUUCGAUUAAAUUUGUUGCCGAUUCCCGCAACCACCCGCAUCCCCCUGACAAUUAUUUAUCAGGUCUAGAGAUUGUACUCAUGAAUGUUGUUGACCUUGUGAUAAAAUACGUGUUCGCAAACAGCAUCAAGUACCUAUGGGCGGACUGAGCGGUGAACGGAGUCUAAUCCGGGGAGCGCGUACCUCCGCACAAUUACCCGAACCCCAAAACCGCAGGAACAAGACAGCCAACGACCUGACAUCCCGACAGUUUAAUUCCCUCUCGAGAAAAAUAAAAUGAAACAAAACUUGACAUUCUGUCUAGCCCCCGCCGACAGCAAAAUUGAUCCCCUAGCGAGGAAGCGACGGAUGUCGUAACGACUGAAAUCGAUAAACCAGAGGAAUAAUGGAAACUAGUCCAAAGAAAGUCGAAGGAAAAAAAAAACGUAAGAACGGAAGUCACUGGAAAGAAUGCAUGCGUUCAUGCGUACUAUUGAUUGAUAGGAAGCACCAAGGAUCCUCAUUAUCCUCACCGACGGUAAUCCCGGGAGCAUAUAAAGCCCCUGGGCUUCCUGGUCAUCGAGGAGACGUCGUAGUCGACCUCAAGACACUUGUGCUAUCAAACCAAAGAGCCUCGGGAAGAAUGUCGCGAUUAAAGUGCGGGAGUUUCGCUUUGAUUGUCGUCGUGAUGUUGGUGAAUUCGAUCGUCGGGGUGCCGACACCAUCGGUCAAUGCCACCAGUGAUAAACCAGAGGCCAGAUCGCGGCCGAAGUUCGUGGAGAUUCAGCUGCCGGUGAAGCUCACAUCGAUGGACGAGCUCUUCACGUGGGUGAAGACGGCGAUGCAGAAUAUGGCGUCGAAGAUCGACGUGACGCUCGCGGGAAACCGGUCCGAGGGUAAAAAGGGGGUAAAAAGGGUGGAUAAGGUGAAUGAUAAGACGACGAGGGUUCACGAGAAGCCGACGAAGGGGGAUGACAAGACGAGAACCGGCGGUGGCGAACCGUCCGCAUCUCCCAGGAUUGCUAACGUGGGGUACGAUAGUGUCAGCUCCUGGUCGAAGACAGGAAAUGAAAUUAUCGCACCCCUGCUUCACGCAGGGGCUUUCCUUCCCCUGUUCUUUGGCGAAGGGUAUGCGGACAAGUUCAGGGCGGGUGAAUACGAGAAAUACGCGUAUGACGUGGGGGUCGCAACCCCUGGGGAGAAGACAGUCAAGUUUAAGCCGCGAGGGGUUGACUCGCAGGGUUCGACGACUGGGGGCGGACGGAACACCUCGGGGACUGCGGAGCCUUCGCCGGAAGCUGCGGCGACGGGGAGGGUCGUCAAUGGGGGUGGAAAUCAUCGACAGGGCGUUCCUUUUUCCAUCCCCUUUGAAGCUGUCAUCACGAUCACGCGGGAGCAUGAGGUAGGGACAAAGGGACUGGAGAAUGGGACUGUGUCGGGGGCGAGUUCGAAUGUCCUGUCAGGGGGUGCAGUCACACCGGUGCCGCAGCAGAGCAGGGACUGCAACCACUCAGCGCCUAGUAUUUAUUUCCAGCCAAGACCACAGGAGCUGGGGGGUGCGGAGGAUCUCCGGGGGGAGGGCCCUGAGGUCUACCCAGGGGGAGACAGGAGGCCCGGAGGAAGGGAGAGGGUGGAGGUCCCUAAACGGAAUAGUAACAGCAGGAACAAGGACAACUCUAGGAGGCGUCUGGUGACUCUGGGUGAUCUUCUGAAGUCCAUAGGUCUCAUCAGGAAGUCCAACAAGAGCAGCAAACUCCAAGAAGCUGCCACCGUCACCUCAACCGCGCGAAGACCCCCAAAAAAAUCACGCGAUGAUCCCUUUCGUCGUCCUGCAUUUCACUUUGAGGAUGAGUUGCCACAGCGACCUACUAGGAAUGAGAGCUCACAGAGACAGGAAUUUGAUGAUAGCGAUGAAGAGGCGGGAGGAUCGCUAGGGUCUGUAGCAGAACUCGUACCCCUGGCUCUUCCCAUUUUGGAAGGUUUGAGCGAUCCAGAAUCAGAAGAUGAUCUUAUCGAAGUUAUUCAGGCAGCGGUUCCAAUCCUUCAAGGUUUAUCAGAGGGAGAUGACGACGAAGGGGGCGGGGUCAACGAUCUCAUCGCGAUGAUUGUGCCGGUGAUAAUCAGGAUAAUUAACGGCAAAGACGGUCAAGGCAUUGACCUGGCAGCGCUGUUCGGGCCUAUUUUCAGCCUCCUCGCGCCGUUUAUUGGGCCCGUCCUGGCCCCUAUCAUCGGCCCAUUGAUCCGCACGAUUAGUAACCCACCGACGGAGGGAUCAUCUCUGGGUGCAUUAAUCACAGCUAUUGCAGGACCACUCAGUGCGCCUCAGGAACCCAGCGGGAUGUCACCACUGUCGAUUGUAAUUGCAGGAACUACGGCAGCACUGUUGAGAGAGUUGAAGCUUGGGGCACCUGGGGGAUCAGACGUGGGGGCCCUUGUCGGGUCAAUCUUAUCCGGAGUUUUAGCAGGAACUAGUGCUGGACUCAGUGGAGGGUCCUCCGGAGGUACUGAGAGCGCGUCUCCUGCUCCCUAUGGGGCGCCAGUAUCUGCCUCAACGAUAAAUGUGGGUUUCCCAGGCCGGCCAUCACCAGGUCCACCACUUAAUCAAUUUAGCAAUCAACCGAGUCAUGCUGAGGGUACCGUCCACAUAGGAUCAACGGUUAGACCGUCUUAUACGACAAUUAGGCCGACUUAUCCUUAUCCCCAUUAUCAGGCGACUGUGGCAACCCCGACGAGACUGCCAUCACCACGACCACUCGUGCAACAUCAUUCGGGACCUGUUACAGCAGCUACGGGACAAGACAGUUAUCUGCCCACCGGGACUGCUGUUCCUGCCUCGUCAGUAAACCCUCUGGCCCUCCUGGGGAAUUCAGUGAAGGACAUUCUUGGUGCAGGAAUUCAAGUGGUCACAUCCCUGAUAAACGCUGUGUUCGGGAUUAUCGGAGCUUCCUCGGCAGAUCCGCCAGCCCCGACAUACGGAGCCCCGUCGGGCUACGGUCACGCGUCCGGCUGACGCGAACGGUUGGGGCGAUCAGUGGAAAGUGCCCUGAUGGAUCAGACGCUUACGGAAGUCCAGAAAAUUCUAAUGAACAUUCUGGACGUUUAUGAGGUGCUUUAGACAUAUUAAUCGCGAAGUUUCUGGGCAUAUAUUGCUCGCGAAUGAAUGAAAAAGCCCAAUGGUUCGCCGCUUGAUUCCGUAAUGCCCGGAAGCUUCUGGUCUCAGGAGAUACCUCGAGCCAGUUCAUAUCGAUGUGUGUUAUGAUAAUAAAGAUUAGGAUUAUAUGAACGGUUACCGCAUUAAUCGUCUCCUUUCUUAUUUAUCUGAAUGAGUAAAAAGCCUCGCUAAUUAUAAAACACUUUCGUAAUUGAAUCAGUAUAUCACAGUGUCCUUACACUUUCCCAUGAAUAUUAUUAUCUCCGGAGGUAAUGGCUCUUCCUGAUUCGAUCAUUGACAUGUGAGCUUUCAUAUCCUUUAUUCGCUGGCAAAUAUUUUGGAAUAAAAUUUCCACUGCACUUCAAUGAUUAAUUAAUAACAAAUUUCGCCUAUUUUGAUGCUCAACUUUGAUUUCUGGAAUUUUCAGCGAAUAAAUUGAAUAUUGAUGAUUGGGGAAUAAAAUUAAUAUGACUAAUAUUCAUAUUUGAUUGUUAAUGGUUUCUCCUGUUCAAUCAAAUGGUCAAUCAACUAAUGACGCAAGUGGGAUGAGGAAUUGACGGUAUGCUGUGGCAUUUCCUGAAUAGUCAGACAUAAUCAGAGGAAAUGCCAGUCGUUUUCUGAAACUCCUGUGUCAUGACUGUGUGCAGUAAUUCGUCUUGGGUUUAUGAAUUGUGGUUUAAAAGUUUGUUAUGCCUGUUUAUGUAAAGAGUGUCGUAUUAAUUGUUAACUUUACCGCUUUCUGCGUUAAAAUUGAUUCGAGCCAUGUAACGGGGUGAUUGUCGUUAAGAGUUAUAUCUGCUGAAGCAAUUGGUGGCAGCUGUGUCCUUUGAUCAUUAAUAACUAAACAUGGACGCUCAUUAAGUCAAAUGUCAUGUAACUCUAGGAUUUUACACUAUUUAUGGGAUUCCUGAAGCGUUUGGGAAUAUUUCCUCAGCUUUUAGAAAUAAAAAAAUAUAUUCCAGGUAUUGGAGGGAAUUAAAAAUCUCCCAAAUGUUUUCCAUCUCUGCAGACAAU